UGUGCGUAUAUGUGCGCGCGUGAUGGCGGCUAACCAGCAACAAUAGCAACAUCAGAAUCUGCCCGCGGGGGUGUACAGCAACAUCUGGUUUUUCGAACGCAUCGUUGGUGCAUUUAGAACGUUCCUAUGCAUGACUGGCGAUAGGAGCGGAUACCCCACGGUGCCAUUAGAGUUCGCCGGUGGCGCUACAUACCGCACGAGGGCAGGGCGACCAAAGAUUUUACGAUUGCAUGCUUGCGCUCUAUGUUAUGUUCUCGCCGGGGCGGUGUAGUGUUUGCUAUAACGCGCGGGUGCGCUCGGGAUGCGCCCGACUUGGGUUCCGGGUUGAUGUCAGACAGACGAGAAUGCAGUUGUUGCAGCGGAUGAUUUCGGCGUCUUGAUUGACCUUGCCAAUGGCAUGGUGGCCGCCUUGAAUGAUGGGAGUUUUUAGUUAUUUAUUCCCCUUAAUCGGUCAGCGGAACGAUGUUGCUAUAAUGAUUAAGAACGCGAAACGUCAACUGUCACAUUGGGGGAGUAUGGGGUUUUUUUUUUAUAGCAACCAAUGUUUGUCAAUAGUCCUGUUCAAUCGUAGCACCCACGGAAUUACGGAAGCGAACCGUGUACUUCCUGUACCCUGGUCGAGAGGAAAAUGUGGUACCAAUUUUCCACGUCCGAUUGGCGAUGAUGCAAAACCACAACCUGUUGUGUCGCAAACAGCGUGGCAGCUUCCCGAUCGCCUGGCAGGUGCUGGCUAGCCAGGUAGGAACCUUUUGUUGAACAGGUAUGGCAAAGGAAGGGCCACUCGCUGUCGGUCCCCUACACACGGGAUUUCCAACCACAUUAGCGCGGACAUCCUCCGACGCCGCCGCUGCCAUCACGUACAGCGCGCUAAAUUUCCUUCGCUACGAUUGCUACGUCACCAGAAUGAUGAUGAUGUGGUCGCGUUAACGAUGGUCAACAAUUUUACGUAAUCAGCGUGAAGCGGGCAACCAAACAAAAAAAGAGGGAAGGUACGCAGUGUGGAAAACUUUUGCUGUUCCACCACCGAAGCCGAAAAUGUUGCGAAAAGCAUCGGAACUGCUGCAUCCCGCCCUCCUGACGAACGGUACGAGGCAGCGAGAAAUAAUCUCACGGUUGCAGGCCCUACCAAAGAUACAGCUCAAUAAGCAUCGAGUUGCGAAAGAGGCAGCCGUCCUAAUACCACUCUGUCUGGUGGACGGUAAGGUGUGCCUGCUGUACACGCUGCGGUCGAGUAAAAUGAGAAGUCAUCGGGGGCAAGUCUCCUUCCCCGGCGGCAUGAAGGACGACACCGAUAGCGAUCAUGCGGCUUGCGCAUUGCGGGAGUUCGAAGAAGAGACCGGCAUUUCGAAGCGAACGGUGCACGUGUGGGGCUGUGGCAACCCGAUCGUGCCAGCCUUCGAUCUGGCCGUUACACCGGUCGUGGGCAGCCUCGGUGACUAUUGCCCCGAGCAGCUGCAACCGAGCACGGACGAGGUCGCCAAGGUGUUCACGGUGCCGAUCGAGACGUACUCGCGCGCCGAAAAUCGACAACACACGCAGUUCCGCACCAACUACAGCUCGCCAGUCUUUCUCAAUGGUCCGGAAACGGUAUGGGGCCUAACGGCGAUCAUUACCCAUCUGUUCCUGACGGCGCUACUGCCGCCGGAUGUGUACGAACGGCAGUUACCAUUCCUAAGGAAGUACAGUAGCAGUAAAGCAAAUACGACAAAGAGCAGGUAACCGAGGGUGCAACACUGUUACGGUACCAGCUAAGCAACAAUGCAGCUCAGGUUUCCACGUUUUUAUUUGUAUUGAUAUAAACAUUUUGUACAAAAUUUGGUACGAAAUAAAAUGGGAAGUAUAAGA